AUGGACACAUCCACCAAGCCCUCCUCAUCACUACCCUCCUCGAACCCCCCCAGCGUUGAAGGCGCCUACAAACGCAAAUGCAUCGCCCUAAAAAAACGCUUAAACGAGAUCGAGGCCGAGAACGAGAUGAUGCGCAUGCGCAACAAGCGCGGAUGGCAAUACAUCCAGAAAAUGCGGCUGGAGUCCUGUAUCCUGCUCGAGCGCCUGGCCAAAGUCACCGGCAUGGCCGAGGAGGCUCAGGCGGGCGUGAACCCCGAGCUGCGCGCCCGCGCGGCCGCCAUGAUGAGCAACGCCGGCGUUCUGAAUGGGUUUCCCGGGGCGGUGGGCGCGGGCGUGGCGGCUGGUAGUGGUAGUAAUGGGGCUGCGUAUGUGGAGGAUGAGACGGAGGGGAGCUCGGACGAGCAGCCUCCUACGCCUCAGGAACGCCCGUUGCGGGUGAAACGGUCUCGAAAGUCGAAUAUUGGCGAUGUCGGCGAUGUAGGACUGGAUGAUGAACCCUCGACCAGCGCCCCGCCUGAAGGUUCGACUGCUGGCUCAGCGGGCUUGCCGCGACUUGCGCCGGCCCCGACACAGGAGGAGAUGACCUCCACGUUUCGCAUUCGCACAGGCAGCAAUGGCGCUAUACACGAAGGAGAGAACAGUCAUGCUACUAGUGAGCGUGGCAGUCAAGCUCCGGAGUCUGGAGCUGCAGAUAGGGCAAAGGAGCUCUCGACGACACCGAUGGAUGUGGACAAGGCGCCGAAAGAGGAGAGCCAGGGAUGA